AUGAUGAAACGACGUCUAUCUAAUGAUACAUCUCAAGAAACGAAAAUUUUAAAGCUUGAUCAGACGACAGCAAAGAAUGAUGAACGACUUGAACUAUUUAAAAAGUGGCUUGAUGAAAAUAAUGUUAUUUAUCAAAAUGUUGAUAUUUGUCAAUCAUCAUUUGGUUAUUCAUUACGUUCGAAAAUUGAAAUAGCAUCCCAUACACACGUCAUUCAAAUUCCAAAACAUGUUCUGAUGUACGCUGAUUGUCAUUUUCAGCAAGAAACUUCAAUUUUAUUUCGAGAUGUGGAAAAUUUAAUUUAUGAUCAAAUUGAUAAAGAAACAUUUUAUCUUACACUCUUUUUGCUAGAAGAACGAUUAAAAGGCAAUGAAUCAUUUUGGUAUCCUUACUUGAAUUUACUACCAAAACAUUUUACAACACCGUUAUUUUUUACUGAUGAACAAUUAGACAAUUAUUUAGAAUUGACGUCUCCUUAUCAUAUGGCACGAACAAUGAAAGAAUCGAUGAAAGAUGUUUAUGAAUUAAUUCCAGCAGCAAAAUUUAAUUUACAUGAUUUUCUUUGGGCCUAUACAGUUAUUAGUAGUAGAGCAUUUAAAUUAAAAUUAGGUAAGCAAACCAUAUUAUCAUUCCGAAAUGUAGUGACCAUGCAUUCUUUUUUAAAUAUUAUCGAUAGACGAGACCUACAUUUUUCAUCAUUGUGUAGCAAAGGUCUAGACGCAUAAAUGUAAGAAAAAAAAUUACAGCCACUUUCAAAAGUUUUAUUAUUUUUUAACAAAAGACUUCUUACUGAAAAUUUUUGUACUGACUGCUCUUCCUGGAUAUGUGGCCGCCAACUACAGUGAAAGUUUUAGCUCAACAUUCGAACAUCGAUUAAAUAUUAUUCGCUGUAGAGUGAUUAGACUUGUGAAAGGCUGCUUUGAUUAAUGGAAAAAAAUUUAGUUAAACGUUAUGAUAAAAUUGCUGCUGUUAACUACGAUUUUAUAUUUUACUCUGUAUCUGUAAAAUUCUUGUUUUUAUGAUAAGGACGGCAUUUGUAUAUCUGCAUCACAAACGAUAAUUGUUCAAUGUGCAAGCAAGUUCAAAUCCGACUUGCUAGACCUCACUGUGAAAUAAAGAUCUAAUAUUUUGUUUAUUUUUCUCAAUGAAAGCUACAAUUCAUGAGCGAAAUAAGCAUUCAUAUAGAACAUAGAAAGGUGAACAUCUGUUCUGCUCAGUUAAAAAGUCCCUUUUCAAGGAAAAUAUAAAGAGAAAGCUAGAUUUUUUGCUGAAUGUAUCUAGUCUCAACAAUAUACUUUUAGACAUGUGCAUGUUACUACACUAAAAUGUGCCUUGGAUUCACUAUUUAUGUAGAACUUUUUACUGCUGGAAAGAUUUUUUUUCUCCAAAUAUUCAAUUAAAAUUUUCUUUACAAAGGAAAACUCACCGUUGCAAAUUAUACGCCUAAGUAAGUUUAAAAGAAUAUAUUCUUACAGAGAAGAGUCUACUGUGAUGUAUAUAGAUAGAAUGAAAAGAAAUACUUAAUGUAG